AUGACAUCAUGGAGAGAUGCCACUGACCCUUCCCCUGGAGACUUCACUUAUGGAGCCGAUAUUACUGGGAUUCCUCGUGUUCUUCUUCAAAAGGGAUCAUCAGAGAAGAUGUUCCGCACUGGGCUAUGGAAUGGAGUUCGAAUUAGUGGUGCUGGUGGGGGGUCAAGCACAGUUAUUAAAUACAAAUUUAUAGUCAAUGCAGAUGAGGUGUAUUAUAUUUACGAGUCUAGGAAUGACUCCUAUACUACAAGAUUUACGCUGAAUCAAACGGGUAUGCUACAACGCUUCAUCCUGAAUGAAGGGAGCUCUGAAUGGGUUCGUAUGCAUACGAUACAGAAUGAUCUUUGUGAUGACUAUGCACGCUGUGGUUCCAAUGGUAUUUGCAGAAGUACCAGUAGGCCUAUAUGUAAGUGCUUGGAGGGUUUCAUUCCAAAAUCACAGGAAGAAUGGGACCAGCUUGACUGGUCCAGCGGAUGUGUUAGGAGGACAUCGCUGGAUUGCCAGAACGGAGAUGGAUUUGUGAAACUCAAAAAUGUGAAAUUGCCAGACCUGUUAGAGUUUUGGCUGAAGGAGAGUCUGAACCUUAAGGAAUGCGAGGCAGAGUGCUUGAAGAAUUGUUCUUGUACAGCUUAUGCUAAUUCAGAUAUCAGGGGCGGAGGCAGUGGCUGUUUGAUUUGGUUUGAUAAUUUAGUUGAAAUUCGUGAUUUCGAUAUCAACGAGGGCGAGCAAGAUAUCUACAUACGGAUGCCAGCUUCGGAACUCAGUGUGGAAACUAAUAAUGACGACAUUGAGUUACCAUUUUUUGAUCUGGUCACUAUUGCAAAUGCCACUAAGAACUUCUCUUCUGCAAAUAUGAUCGGAGAGGGUGGUUUUGGUCCUGUUUAUAAGGGUAUGCUAACAACGGGACAGGAAAUAGCAGUCAAAAGGCUUUUGAAAAAUGCUGGACAAGGUGUACAAGAGUUCAAAAAUGAAGUUAUUUUGAUUUCCAAACUUCAACACAGGAAUCUUGUUAGGCUGUUGGGCAGUUGCAUUGAUGGAGAAGAGAGGCAGAGUCCUUUGCUCAAUUGGCAAAAUGAUAACUGA